GGCGGGCCCUCGUCGCACACGCUGAGCCACUUCCGGGCGCGGCGCGGGAGCCGGUGAGCUCAGCACUAACUAAAGCUGCCAUAGAAGACGCCCAGCCAUGGAAGACAAACCGUUGGUGGUCUCGAAACAGAGGAGAGAAGUGUUGUGUGGCGUCCCCACCCAGGUGGUGUGCACGGCCUUCAGCAGCCACAUCCUAGUGGUGGUGACGCAGUUUGGGAAGAUGGGGACCCUGGUCUCCCUGGAGCCCAGCGAAGUGGCUAGUGACAUCAGCAAGCCCAUGCUUACCACCAAAGUCCUUCUCGGGCAGGAUGAGCCUCUCAUCCACGUCUUUGCAAAGAACCUGGUGACGUUCGUGUCUCAAGAAGCUGGGAACAAAGCAGUUCUCCUGGCUGUGGCUGUGAAGGACAGGAGCAUGGAGGGGGUGAAAGCCUUGCGGGAGGUGAUUCGGACAUGCCAGGUAUGGUGAGGGGGCCCAUAGGGCCCGACCACCCUCCUGCUCACCAAGAUCAAGGGAAGACGCAGGCCCCCUCACAAUGGUUGGAAGACAUCUUCAGCCACAACCAGGAGCCCUUGAAGCCAGAAACAAUACUCAGGUGUCGGGCAGGCUCCACUUUGCUUGGUCACCGAUAUCAGCCUUGGGAGGGGAAAGGAGUGGAACAUGGCUGGGGGCUUGUGAAUGGUUUUCACCGGGGUCCGAGUCAUUGCACAUACUUGAGAAUUGAGAAGGUGACUCACCGGGUGUGAUUCACGGCCCUCCAUGUACUAUUGUGUCAGUCGUGGGAAGAAGUUUUCUUUUUAUCAAAAAUAAAUAUGCCUCCAGUAUA